GAAGACGCGGGAAGCCAGAAGCAGAGCCUGCGAGGCUUGGAAUUCUCCAGGGCACACAGAACGCCGCCCGCCGCAGAGCCCAGGGGAAGGGCGCGGCCUCGGCCCCGGGGCGGCCUCCCCAGCCCCAGCCCCAACCCCGAGGCCCGCGCGCGGGCGAGCAGCCGGCUUCCCGAUCCGGCCGCGGCCCGCCCCACGCCGGGCGGGGCCCCGAGCCGCGCGCCGCGCCGGGCCGGGCCGGGCCGGGCCGUCCGCCGGGAGCCCGCCGGGAGCCGCAGUCCCGAGCCACGCGGUCCCCCGGGGUCGGGGUGGGGAGGGGGGGUGCCGGGCCCUGGCGGCCGGGCCGCGAUGGCGACGUGGCGGCGGGACGGCCGGCUGACGGGCGGCCAGCGGCUGCUGUGCGCGGGCGUGGCGGGGGCGCUCAGCCUCAGCCUCACCGCGCCGCUCGAGCUCGCCACCGUGCUGGCCCAGGUCGGCGCCGCGCGGGGCCAGGCCCGGGGGCCGUGGGCCGCGGGGCUCCGGGUGUGGCGCGCCGAGGGGCCCCGGGCCCUGUGGAAGGGGAACGCGGUGGCGUGCCUGCGCCUCUUCCCCUGCAGCGCCGUGCAGCUCGCCGCCUACCGCAAGUUUGUCAUACUCUUCACGGAUGACCUGGGCCAUAUUUCCCAGUGGAGCUCCAUCAUGGCUGGGAGUCUUGCAGGCAUGGUUUCCACCAUUGUGACGUACCCUACAGACCUCAUCAAAACCCGGUUGAUUGUGCAGAACUUGCUGGAACCAUCUUACAGAGGGAUCCUCCAUGCUUUUUCUACUGUUUAUCAACAGGAAGGGUUCCUAGCCCUGUAUCGAGGGGUUUCCCUUACUGUUCUAGGUGCUCUGCCCUUCUCUGCUGGCUCCCUUCUGGUUUACAUGAACCUGGAGAAACUCUGGAAUGGACCCCGAGAUCGGUUCUCACCCCUCCAGAACUUCGUCAAUGUCUGCCUGGCCGCUGCCGUAACCCAGACGCUCUCCUUUCCUUUCGACACAGUGAAGAGAAAGAUGCAGGCUCAGAGUCCACACCUUCCCCACCAUGGAGGAGUAGAUGUGCGUUUCUCAGGAGCGGCGGACUGCUUCCGGCAGAUAGUCAAAGCCCAGGGGGUCCUGGCGCUCUGGAAUGGACUGACGGCCAACUUGCUGAAGAUAGUUCCGUAUUUUGGAGUUAUGUUUGGCACCUUUGAGUUCUGCAAGAGGAUCUGUCUUUACCAAAAUGGUUACAUUGUGUCUCCUCUGAGUUAUAAAUUAACCCCUGGGGUGGAUCAGAGUUUGAAGCCCCAGGAAUUGCGGGAAUUUAAAAAGUUCUUCAAAACCGGACAGCUUAAGUCUAAAAAACCAACUCUCUAAAACUGACCGGAACAAGAAGUGUACUGACCGAAGGCGUGUUACAAUCAUAAAAACCUCAUAACUGUGCGUGCGCAGAGUGACCAGAGGAAACUCCCGUCUACCACUCUUGGAAAUGGGAAAAUUUCACCACAUACCAGCUCCAAGCUCCAAACGCACGUCCUGGUGCCAUGGGAAAGCUUCCCAGCACAACCACUGCAUGGUGGCACUCCACCAGAUAGCUCCACAAAACCCAGCAUUAGCAAAACGUGCGAUUUACACUCUGUAAACAGGCAACUUACACAACACCAAAGAAAGGCAAUGGCCAUGAUCUCCAAGUGAAACGUCGUUGAAGCGACUGAGCAAAUAGCACAUCAGGAGCUCAGCCACACAGUCGCAGCUUGCACUGACCCACACUGGCCUCGCGCUGCUCCAUUCCACCCAAGUCUUCCCAGCACACUUGUUCUGAAACUCCUAAUGUUUGCUGACUUCUGAGUGUGCACACUAUAGUGUAAAUUAUGCCUUAUUGGAAACUAAAUUAAAGGGGCACCUGGGUGGUGCAGUCAGUUAAGUGACAGCCCUCAGCUCAGGUCAUGAUCUCAGGGUCCUGGGAUGGAGCCCCGCGUAGGAGCAGGGAGCCUGCUUCUCCCUCUCCCUCUGUGUGUGCUCUCCCUCUCUCAAAUAAAUAAAUAAAUCUUUUUUUUAAAAAGAAACUAAAUUAAAACCUUUAACAUUUACAAGUCCUCACUCUCUCACAGUGGAACCAUCCUUCUUUAAAUCUGAAGAUGCUGUAAAUUUGAGAUGCUUUAAACCUGAAGCAUCUCAAGCUUACAAAUUUCAGGAAUCUUUUUUCAAGGCAGUUGUUACUGUGACCACUUAAUUAAUGACCCCAAAAGACCUCCUUCCAAUUGAAGUCAUGUACAGUUGACGUGGCCUGAAUUCUCUGCCUUUCUAACUUGCUUUGCAAGCCUACCCUGAAAAUAAAUUAUUUAGUCAACUUAAGUUAUUCUCACAAGAUGUCCCAGUUGCCUAGAAAAGGAUCAAAUAGAACAUCUGACAUGCAUAUCCAAAAGAGAAAUGGAACUGAACAAAAACACUUCAGGCUGAUCAUCUCUACUCUUUUAAAAAAUCGAAUUUUGGAUUGUUCCACCUUGAGAACUCCUGUCAAAUUUACACAACCUCUUUUCAAAUAGUGCCUACCUAUGCAUUAAAACACAGUAAUAGUAAAUCAUUAAUUUACACACACACACACACACACACACACACACACACACACACAGGUUUUCAGGAUGCUCCACGUAUUUUUCCCUGUUAAAUUUGUUUUCCAAAGAAAAAGGUUGUUUGGUCAUUUGUUACUAAGGUGAGUUCUAGCAAAGGAAUAGCAGUUAAUACACACAGGAAGGUCUCAUCUGCAGCCCAAGCUGUUACAGUGGGGAGGGUGGCAAAUUCUUUACCCACCGCUAAUAGUCCUGUUUAUGAACUCUUCAUUUUCCUUGAGGUGAACAAUGUUUUUUAAAGUUCUGAAAUCUGUAUAUAUAUAUAUAUAUUUUUUUUUAAACUAGAUCUAAACUCCUAGCCUCAGGUUACUUACAUCAUGUUAAUAUCUCUGUGUAUUCUUCCACCCAUGUUAUGAGAUGGCUAGCCACACUCUUGCUACUGUAACACACAGGAAUGUUUUCUGAGCUAUAGUUUUGGCUUUUUCAAUAAAGUUAAGUGAGGAAAAGGAAUGCCUCAUUUUUCUUUUUUUGUCCUUUUUUUUUUAAAGGUUUUAUUUAUUUAUUUGAUAGACAGAGAUCACGGAUAGGCAGAGGCAGGCAGAGAGAGAGAGAAAGGGAAGCAGGCUCCCUGCUGAGCAGAGCGCCCAAUGCAGGCUCGAUUCCAAGACCCUGGGAUCAUUACCUGAGCCAAAGGCAGAGGCUUAACCCACUGAGCCACCCAGGCACCCCUCAUUUUUCUAAUUUUAGGACAGCUCUUAAAACUCUGGGGUUUUGGGGGGUGAAGGGGGCUCCUGGCUGGCUCAGUUGGAAGAGUGUGCAACUCUUAAUCUUAGGGUCAUGAGUUUGAGGCCCAUGUUGGGUGUAGAGAUGACAUAAAUAAAUAAAUAAAUAAAUUGCUUUUAAAAAA